AAGUAACUGCCGCCGACAAUGGCAUUGAGAGGUCAUCAAAUUCGACUAUUGUCAAAAACAGCGAAAUUGCAUUGUUUAUUACGGGUAAAUGGUGUAAAUAACUUUUCAUCAAAUACUCAUGUGGGUCCUUCAGCCGCGGUUGAAAAAAAUCCAACUGGUAAAAUCUCUAAAGCCAGUCAAAAAGAUACUGAAAAUUACAAGUAUUUCGAUUGUGUUUAUGUUGGAGGGGGUAUUGUGGGACUGGCAAGCGCUUACACUGCCAUGCGCAAAUUUCCUUUUUUAGAGUCUUGUGUACUAGAAAAGGAAGAUAAAUUGGCUGCCCAUCAAAGUGGUAAUAACAGCGGUGUUAUACACGCGGGAAUUUAUUAUGUACCUGGGUCACUAAAGGCAAAACUAUGCGUGGAAGGACUUCGAUUAGCGUACGAAUACUGUGACGCCAACAACGUACCAUAUAAAAAAUGCGGAAAAUUAAUUGUAGCAACUCAACCUGACGAAUUGCCACGCUUAGCCAAUUUACACGAAAGAGGCUUAAAAAAUGACGUACCUGAUUUGAAAUUAAUUGAAAAUGAGGAAGGAAUAAGAGAAAUCGAACCGAAUUGUCGUGGUCUAAAAGCUCUUCACUCUCCUCACACGGGUAUUGUUGAUUGGGCUGAAGUAUCUAGAUCUUAUGGAAAGAACUUUGAAAAGAGUGGCGGAAAAAUAUUCUUAAAUCACGAAGUAACCGGUUUUAGAGAAUCUGGAAUGACUGAUGAUGAUUUUCCUGUGGAGAUUAGCCUAAAGUCUCAACCGUACAAAAUCCGCACUCGUUACGUUAUUACCUGCACUGGUUUGCAAUCGGAUAAAGUAGCCGCUUUAUCUGGAGGCACACCGCAUCCUAAAAUCGUGCCAUUUAGAGGAGAGUAUUUGCUGUUAAAGAAAGAAAAGAGCGAUCUUGUUAGAGGAAACAUUUAUCCAGUUCCUGAUCCCAAAUUCCCCUUUUUAGGAGUUCAUUUCACACCAAGAAUGAAUGGAGAUGUGUGGUUGGGGCCAAAUGCUGUUUUGGCAUUUAAAAGGGAAGGUUAUAAGUUAUUUGACUUCAGUUUAAAGGAAUUCUCAGAGGCUGCAGCUUAUUCGUAAGUCUAAUAGUCUCUGUUAAUCUCAGUUCAAAGUAAGACAAUCAUACCUUUGAAUUUAUCUAUCCAAUACUAGGGGAUUGAGAAAGCUCGUCUUUAAGAAUGUUUCUUACGCGUUUGGUGAACUUUACAGGGGUGUAUUCAUUUCGGCUCAGGUCAAACAGUUACAGAGAUUUGUUCCAGAAUUGCAGCUUUCCGAUGUUACCAAGGGCCCAGCUGGGGUAAGAGCGCAAGCCUUAGCGCCUGACGGUUCAUUGGUCGACGAUUUUGUUUUUGAUUCCGGUACAGGAUCGUUAUCCUCAAGAAUGUUGCACGUUAGAAAUGCUCCCUCCCCAGCCGCCACAAGCUCGUUAGCAAUAGCAAGGAUGGUAACAGAUAGAGCAUCGACGCUUUUCGAUUGGAAGAGUUAUCAAUAAAUUAAUAAAAGUGAAGACAGUCAAAUGAAAUCCUUAAAAUUAAAAAAAGAGCUAUAUUGGUUUAUUAAAGAGACUUUGUAAUUGUACCCAUGUAGAAUCAUAUAUCUUCAGUGAAAUGUUCGAGUAACUCUAAACAAGAGAUGAUAUACAUAAGAUUAUAUUAAGAAAUUAAAUAAACUAUAUAUGAUAUGCAUAUCUUUAUUCAACUAAUUGAUCUUGUGUUAGAAAAAGUCUCAAUUGAUCAUCAAAUCCUAUUAAAACUAUAAUCAUUUGUCCAGAUUCUUGAACCUAAAAUCAUUUUUUUUUUAGUUAAGCUUUAUAUUACAUCAUUCGUAGGAUUAAUGAUUAAAUUCUAUUAGACGUGGACACUAUUUUAGCUGAAUAUUUUUUGAAUAUAUCAAAAAAGAGAGGGAGGGAGAGAGAGAGAGGAGAG